UCAAUUUUUAUCAAGUACCAUUGUUGUUAUUUAUGUUAACCAAAGGUUUAAUCAAUCGAGCCUUUCUUCGUCAUUUAAGUGACCAGUAUUGUUUACAAUUUUUUAUCGUGAAAAUGUCAGGUAAUCAAGCACCUAAAGUAGUUGGAAUAUCACCAAUUGGUCCUUCUGGUUCUAACUAUAUCAAACCUAUCAGAUUAAAGUAUACACUGGAUGGCAAAGAAUUGGCUUGGGAUUGUGUCAAGGCUCACGACAGCGUUGCCAUCAUUCUCUAUCACAAAGAAAGGAAUAAGCUGAUUUUUGUAAAACAAUUCAGACCCUCAUUGAUUCUAUCUUCAGCUUUAAAGCUAGAUGCUGAGAAUGGAAUAAUUGAAGCAGAUCCAAAAAUUGAUGGAUAUACAUUGGAAAUGUGUGCUGGAAUCAUCGAUAAACCUGGGUUAAGCCAUGAAGAGAUAGCCAAGGAAGAAGUGUUGGAGGAAACUGGAUAUGACAUACCAGUUAGUUCACUAAAAUUUGUCACUUCAUCACGGUCUAGUGUUGGAUUACAAGCUUCUUUGCAUUCAAUUUUCUACGCUGAAGUCAUUGACGCACAGCGAGUCAAUCAUGGAGGCGGAGUUGAUAAUGAAAGAAUUGAAGUUGUCGAAUUAUCGAUUGAAGAGUCUCGCAAAUUACUUUGGUGUCACGAUAAAGAUGUACAAUAUUCACGACCAGCGCACAUGUUAUUGGGCUUAUCUUGGUUUAUUUACGAAUAUUAUCCCAAAAAUCAUUCUUAAUUCAAAUGAUAUGGACUUUGUAACUCUAGAUUCCAAUAAUUGACCUCUUUUACUUUGAAUAAACUAUUCUAUUAUAUUAUAUA